ACUCGUAGUAGCUACCAAUUGUAGAUGCAGAGAUUAGCAAGAAUGGAGGAGAAAGAAGGAUCUCUUCACGUAGCCAUGUUCCCAUGGCUAGCUAUGGGUCAUCUUCUUCCUUUCCUUCGUCUCUCAAAGCUCCUUGCACAAAAGGGUCACAAAAUCUCCUUCAUAUCAACACCAAGAAACAUCGAAAGACUUCCCAAAUUACCAUCAAACCUCUCUUCCUCCAUAACUUUCGUAUCUUUCCCUCUCCCUCCUUUCCCAAACUUACCUCCUUCCUCAGAAUCCUCCAUGGACGUACCUUACAUCAACCAACAAUCUCUCAAAUCCGCUUUCGACCUUCUCAAGCUACCAGUAACAGAGUUUCUCCGACGAUCGUCUCCGGAUUGGAUCAUAUACGACUACGCUUCUCACUGGCUUCCAUCAAUAGCGAUGGAGCUCGGAAUCUCGAAAGCUUUCUUUAGUCUUUUUAACGCUUCAGCUCUCUGUUUCAUGGGACCUCCAUCGUCGCUUAUAGAAGACUUUAGAUCUACGCCGGAAGAUUUCACGGUGGUUCCGCUGUGGAUCCCGUUCGAGUCAAAGAUCGUGUUUCGUUACCAUGAGGUCACUAGGUACGUUGAGAAGACGGAGGAAGAUGUGACCGGAGUCUCUGACUCGGUCCGGUUCGGUUACUCGAUAAGUGAGAGCGAUGCAGUUUUUGUACGUAGCUGCCCGGAGUUUGAACCGGAAUGGUUUGGUUUACUACAAGAUUUGUAUCAAAAACCGAUCUUUCCUACCGGGUUUCUUCCUCCGGUUAGCGAAGACGUGGACGGGGAGGAAGAAGAUGCUACAUGGGUUUGUAUAAAGGAGUGGCUUGAUAAGCAGCGAGUUAACUCAGUGGUGUACGUGUCUUUAGGUACUGAAGCGAGUCUUCCUCAAGAGGAGCUCGUUGAGCUGGCUCUUGGAUUGGAGAAAUCAAAAGUUCCUUUCUUUUGGGUUCUAAGGAACGAGGAGACAUUGAUUCUUGACGGAUUCGAGGAACGAGUCAAGGGACGUGGUAUGGUUCAGGUCGGGUGGGUUCCGCAGGUAAAAAUACUGAGUCACGAGUCAGUAGGUGGGUUCUUGACGCAUUGUGGUUGGAACUCGGUUGUGGAAGGGUUAGGGUUUGGACGAGUUCCGAUUUUUCUUCCGGUGUUGAAUGAGCAAGGAUUGAACACGAGGUUGUUGGAGGGAAAGGGGAUUGGUGUUGAGGUUCCAAGGAACGAGAGAGAUGGUUCAUUUGAUUCUGACUCAGUUGCUGACUCGGUUAGGCUGGCGAUGGUGGAUGGUGGAGGCGAGUCGAAAAGAGCAAAUGCAAAGAUGAUGAAGGGUUUGUUUGGGAACAAGGAUGAGAAUAUCCGAUAUGUGGACGAACUUGUAGGUUAUAUGAGAAGUAAAGGAUCAUCUCAUUAAGUGAUCAUAGCUGCUUAGCAAAAUUUAUUUGAAUUCUAGAUCAUAUCCAUAGGGUAGAGAUGUGAUGAUAUGGCUAUAAACAGAGUUUUUCUUGUAGUGUAUAUGGCUCGCAUGUAAAACAGAUUUGUAUGAUUUGAAACGUACCAAGUCAAAAUGCUUUUAUUUACUAGACUUUUAAA